AUGAUUUGCAAUGUUGAUACAUUUUAGAUGUUUAACAUUAUUAAAGAAAUAUACGAAAACGAAAACGAAAAAGUUUACAUCUCCAAUUUCAAAGAUAAAUACAAAAUUAUUGUGUUAAAAGUUGAGGUUGGCAAUAAAAAGUACCUCCACAACCAAUACACAAUACUCGAGCUAUUGAAAUUUGUGCAAGGAGUGCCCAAAGUACUGAACUACGGAUUUGGUGCAGAUGAAAAGUAUCAAUUAUCAAUAUUCGAGGUUCUACUAUUCUAUUGAUUACUAUGCCAAAUCCCUUGCUGAUAUUUUACAUAAAUUCAGAACCCUAACCCUAUAAUCAGCCUUAUCAAUAGGAUUGUCUUUACUCAGAAUUCUAAGUGGAAUUCAUAGACAAGAAAUUAUUUACGCCAACAUUUGUCCGGAAAAUGUUGUUUUUUCAAAGGACGCAGCCGAUCAUGAUCAACAAUUGCAUUUAAUUGGUUUUGGAUAAGCUUAUUUAAAAUACGAAAAACAAAAAAAACUUAUCAAUAAAAACUCUUUGCCAUAUCAUAUUCGCAACAAUCGCGUAUCUUCUUCUAAGAAGGAUGACUUAGAAAGUUUGGGAUAUCUUCUAAUUAAGAUGAUAAAAGGUAUGAUUUUACUCGUAAUUUAAGGAACCUUACCGUGGGAAUCAUUACCACAAUAGUUGAUGGGACAAAAGAAAAUAGAAUGCUUAAAAUCCAAUGAAAUUUUACAAGGACUUCCCUAUGAAUUUCGAUUUUACUUUCAAUAGAUCAAUUUAUUCCAUGACGAACCCAAUCAUGCAUACUUGAUUAAGCUUCUGAAUUCCAUCAUGCAAAAAUAUUGCAAGACUACACAACAUUGUAUUAUUGAGCUUAACUAAUUAACUCCAAUUACUGAAAACUUGAAUGAGACUGAUUCAUCAAUGGAUAGUUGCUAUCUUUGCACUGUAAUCCCGUAGAAUAUGAGUAAUUUUAAUGUGUUGACAAACUUGGAAUUAGACUCAUCGAUUGAAGAAAAGCUUAAGAGACUAUAAUUGAUAUCUAAAUAAUAUAAACUUAUAAGUAACUUAUGA